AUGGGCCAAGGUGACGAAGCCUCGGCGAUGGAGGUCGACGAGAAGAAAUCCGACAACCAGGAACAGAUCGUUCCCAAGUUCUCCAUCAAUGGUUUCUUUGUCUCUACUUCUUGCUUAUCGUGACCUUUAUUUUCUCGUUUUUAAUGAGUCGGAUCGUAAUUUGGGCAUCUUUUUUCCAUCUUUUCACACGAUUUAUCGGUCUUAUAUUUUUCUCUGUUAAUGAAAUCAUUUGACCGCAUUUUUUGCGCUUGAUGUUAUUCCAGUUUUGCAACUUCUGAAAUCGGCACAAUUGCAGCACGGCUUGCGACACCGAGAUUAUACUCGCUAUCGGUAAUCUUCAUCUCUUUGAUAAUAGUUGCAUGCACCCAUAUGCCACAUUCUAGUGAGUGAUAUUUUUUUCUAGGACUCUGGAUAGGCAUGAGUAAUAUUUUUCAAAAAAUAUUAAUUCAGCUUCGUGGUGGUGGGUUCACUUUUGAGCCAAGUACAUAAAACAGGAUUUCCUUUGUACAGGAGAUACUGCACUGCACGAUUAAGAAGACUGUACAAAUCUCUGAAAUUUACUCAUGGUCGUGGCAAAUACACUCGGAGGGCCAUCAAUGAGUCGACAAUCACUGAUGUCAGGUGUGAUCCGGAAGCAAAUACUAUAUGUUUAAGAUAAUUUUGUUCUCAUUUACUAUUUAAGGGCUGCUGCAGUUCUCUAAACUUUUAUGACCGUGACAUUUUAUGAUGCAUUUCUUCUUUCAUUUCCAUGAAAAUUUUCAAAUCCUGGUGUUUAUUGUCGUAUCGGACGAAAAAUAUUAAAUAUGGGACUAAAAUAAUCCACUCGAAUAACACUGAACUAGGAUUCACUGUUCAAGAUAAAUAGGUUUCCUUCCAAAAGCACAAGUGGAAUAUGGAGGUAUAUUAUUCUUCAUAAUGUAGACAAGUCUAGUUUAUUUAUAAGAAAGCUCAAAUGAUGCUAACUUUCUUGCACAAGACCGUGGUUGAAGUUGUUGAUCUUUAAUUAACUUUUUACUAGUAGCAUUUGUAUUGUAACCAAGAUAAUUGUGUCAACAACGGGGAUUGACUACUGCUCUGUAGUUUCGUGUAAACAAUGUCUUUCAUUUCAGCAAUUAAUCUCUCCCUGGGAUAUAUCGUUACGAGUUUCAGCAUUCUCCCUUCUUUACACUGGCUGGAGCUAGUGUUACCUGUGUCUUCGUCACCUUUAUUCCUUAAGCAUGUCAUGCAUGAAAAUUGGGUUUUUUGUUAUUGAUUGCCAUUUUCUAGUUUCAGUCUUGUGUCAUGCGUUGGAUACUCCUGCGUGAAAACAUAGGCAGAUGACUAUUUAACACCGUAUAAAACCAGGUGCUUGGAGUCGUUUAUAAGGGACUUGUUCAGGUAAAGGUCCAUCAAUGUACUCUCAAUGAGAAGUAAUACCGAUUUUGGAAACGUUUCGUAAACACACUUCUCCUAUUUAUUAUUUUUAUUCUCCUAAUUAAUUUUUAAAAGUUUUUUAAAACAUGAAAAAUGUAAUUAUGAUGUAUGCCGUAACCAUUGGCGACUUGGAAACAUUUUUGAUGCAUAAAGCGAUGAUUAGACUGGCACCAUGAUGUGGACAAGGAUAUGAUGGGCCUUUUCUGGGGAGCGUGAUGAUUAAAAUUCUCAUGCAACAGACACGAGUUAAAUGGGCAGCUUUUAAUGAUGGGCUGCUUUAAAAAUUAGAGGGAGAAGGAAAAUAACGAAGAUAAUAAUAUAGAGGCUUCGAUUUGACAUUGGUGUAGAGUAUACACGCAUGAUGGAUGGUAUAUGCCGGGAAAAGCCUUGCAAUGACUAAUGUAUGUUGGAUCAAGUAAAUUGCUAUGAUAGAAUCAUUGAUUUCUGUUUUAAUUUACUCAUAUCUUGCAUUGGAAAAUCUUUUUAUCGUUUGAUCCUUAGAGUUGUAAUGAUACUUAUCUAAUGCCACAGAUAUCAAUCGUUCAAUUCUUAGGGACUAAAGGAUGCAUUCACGUAACUUUUAAGGGUUCAUAAAAUUACUGUUUUUCACCAUAAAAUUUGUAUAAAUCUUUGGUUGAUUUCCAUGUGAAUUAAAUUUGUCUCUACCACUUUUUUUGUUUCUCACAGCUUAUCUGAGUCUUUGUCGGAAAAUGUGCUAAAUAUGACUUUCAAUGAUGCCAUAAUGUUACAAAUAUCAGGUUUGGCUUCUAUGCAGAUUCCUUCACGUCGUUCUGUACAGGGCUGAGAGGGCGUGGAGCCAUGCCAUGGAAAAGAGGCAAUUGCCUGAUGGGCCAAAUUCUCAUCAACGCAUUUAUUUACUCGGCAGAUUGAGGAAGGCAGUAAAGUGGGCGACACUUUUUGCACAGUUAUGUGCUAUUAAGGGAGACCGCAGAACUUCACUAGAAGCAGAGGUAAUGGCUGAAUAAAAUGGCCUAAUUAUCUUGAUGUUAAGCUUCCCUUGCUUUCAUUCUCAUUUUACCUCAUAGUUCUUCUGGACGUUGGGUUGAUGGUUUUGCUUUCAGUUGGCCUUGAAAGGAAUCAUACAAAUAGUUCAGUGCAGCUUUCCUGGACCUUGUGAUUCCAUUCUAUGUUUUGUAGCAUUUAGAAAUUCCUGUGAUUAAAUGCACCUCUACAUUUUUUAGCGACAUAUGGUUUCUAACCAGAUAUAGAAUAAAGUUUUUAUCUUUGUAGACAAGUAUAACAUCCUCAAUAUGCAUACAUCUCAUUCUUUAACUUCCUUUCUUGGUCUUUUAUGGGUUGUUUCGCUUUUUUUUUCCGCUGUUUUUAUACAUAUUUGUCAUUGUACUUUUCAGAUUUUUCUAAUGCAAGGUAUGAUGAACAAGAUGUGAUUGUUGGUUUGCAGGCAUAUGCUUAUUACAUGAGAGGCACUUUGUUGUUUGAGCAAGAUCAGAGUUGGCCGACUGCAUUGAUUAAUUUCAGGAGUGCAAGGUAUAUUAAACUAAACAGCCACAUGAAUCUCUUUUUGGAUGUGGACUAUGUAGCUGCUGUCCUAAUAUGACUAUUUUGUUUCACAUAAUUCUUGAUUGAGUACUAAAGGUCCUAGGCUCUGUACUGGCAAGAACUGUCUUGUAAAAUGUUAAAUAUUUCCGAAGUGUGAUUGCAAGUGUUUUAAGCACCUCAUGUGAAAUAAUUUAGAAGCAUGUUAAGUGAAACUCGAUUUGGUGAUGCAAUAUAAGGAGUUUCACUGUUCUCUCUUUGUAGACUCGGUUUUUUGUUUAACUUCAAGGUUUUUUUUGGAUUAUUUAUUUUUAUUUGAGUAUCUCACCAAACGAACUUCGAAACACUUUUAUUUUUACAUUUUUAGGAACAUCUUCACCUGGUGUGCAAUAGUAUCUACUCGUCUAAAUCAUUCAGUGGUCUCCAAGAUGAUUAAAUGUCUUCUUCAAUUAUCUUCAUCUGAAUUGUCUGCCUAGACAAAUAGUGUGCUAUUUUUUUAUUGAUUUCUAUCCAGUUAAUAGAUCUUAUGUUAAAUUCAGUUCGUUAUUGGGAUCUCAGGGUUUAGUUGUCUUCCUGUUUUAGGGAUGUCUACGAAGAAUUAGGAAAAAUUGGUGACACAGAGAAUCAAGUUUUGUGCCGUGAGCGUGUGGAAGAACUUGAACCUAGCAUCAGAUACUGCUUACACAAGGUUGGGGAAUUAAAUAUCCAAAGUUCUGAGUUGUUGGACUCCGGAAAAGGACCCGCAAUGGAUCUUCUCAAUGCUAAAUUAGAGGUAUGGUCAAAAAAUUGACAGGUAGCUGUUCUUAGUAAAUUUGUAUUUUUCAUCUAUUUUUUUUCCGUCAAGUACGGCUUUUAUUUCUAUUAUUCUGUCUAUUGCUUUAGCCUAGGUCAAGACUUGUGCUAAAUUAUUUGACUGAUUGACAUGCAUAGAUGUAUAUAUAUAUAUUGCAUGAAUAUGCUCAUGGCUUGUUAAUGAAUUAAUCCGAGGAUCCCCUCUUAUAAGAAGAUUUUUUAAAAAAAUCUUUUUUCAUCUCAUUACAGAGAGACUUGUGAGAUGUGGUUACGAGGCAUGAGAUUUUACUUUCUUUGGUAAGUAUGAGAGUAGACGGGCCCAAGUGCAUGAUGGUUAACUUUUGUGCCUGCUUCUUAAAACAGAUAGCGAUUGAGUCUCUGCUAGUUGCUAUCCAGGAAAGCACUGUAAAGAGGAGUGAGAUUUAUAUGCAAUAUUUUUCCUUUUUCCUUGGGAUUGAUUUCAACGGUCAAAUGUUAAUCAUGUAGACCAAAAUUCAUGCUGUAAUUUGUAUCAGUCGAAAUAGAGACUGGCAGGAUUCCUCAAGUAGGGUCCUAGUAAGCCAUGUUAGCUAUAUUGUUUAUCACGCUGGCAUGCAAAAUUUGCAGUGGGGAUGAGGAAACUUAUGAAAUAAACAAUCAAGUUACAGUCACAUUUUAUCAUUUGAUGCUUUGCGGGUCUGAAACUAUCCCCAAAUUUGGUUAUAAUCUUUAUCUUUCGUUCUUCGUUUUCAGGCAUUUAUGAAUGAGGAAAAAUCUCAGCAGGCAGCAACCCUGACGGAAUUUACUUGGCUUGGUCAUAAAUUUCCGGUGAAUAACGCGAAGACACGUGUUUCUAUUCUGAAAGGUUGGACUUCUUACUAAUCACAGGCUGCAUACCUCUUUUAAUUCUUGAAACGCGAUACACUUAUUCUUGUAAAAGUUCUGUGAUUACCAUCUUGUGACAAUCUUAUUCGCUUAUAAUCCGUGGGGAAUUUUCCAAACAGUAUUAAAAAUGCCUAUGUUGCUUCAGAUACUCAACUUGUAGCAAGAGCCAUGGUUCAGAAUGGUAGGCAUUGAAAUGAAAAAGUCUGAUCGAUUGGAGGAGGAAACUAGUAUAAAUCAUUUAACUUCAAAGAAAGAAUUUAAUCUAGCUUGGAGGUAGUCCCUGGCAUUGGUCAAUCCAAAACCGGGUUGGGAUUACCCAUUUCAAUCUGGAGUGGACCUAGAUCCCACUUGGACAUUUUAAAAUAGCAGCAAAGUGGGCCUUUUCUACUCAUUUUCUUACGGAAUGAUCUGAUACAACUCAGAUUAGUCAUCACUUCAAUACUGAAAGAUAACUGCAAAUGGGGCCAACUUUCUGUUUUUCUGAUUGAUCUGAUCUGAAACUGCUCGGAUUGGCCAGUGAAGAAAAUUGAUGAAAGGGAUCCGGGUACACAUCUGCCACAGACGAGAUAUUAUUUACAAUGGGAUUCAAUGAUUGAAAUGGAUCACCUAAUACUCUCUCUCUCUCUCUCCCUCCCUCAAUAGUAGUGUUGGUUUUUUUUUUAGUACACUUUCUUUGUGUUUGUUCGUUUUAACUUAGAAUUUGAUCAGCUCGGGAGCUGGAGAAAGAUAUAGACAAUUCAGGAUCGGACUCACUUAUACCAGAUAGAAAGCUCAACUUGUUUGAGAAAAUAUUCACCGCAUAUCAUGAUGCGAGGAGCAGCAUCCGCAAUGACCUGGUAUGUCUGUAGCUUCUCUCUGAAGGGACUGUCUUUAUAUAUCUAUAUGCUUUAAGAUCAUCACUAAGGCUUCCCAUGGAUCUUAAGGCUACUGCAGGAAAUGCUGAGCGCGUGAAGGAUGAGCUGAAUGGCCUCGACAAGGCAGUCAGUGCUGUUUUAGGUCACCGAACGAUCGAGCGAAACCAGGUUCUUGUUAAGAUCGCCAAGAGUAAGUUCGAUAAGCACCGAGUUGACAAGGGCGAGAAGGGCACUCAGCCAGAGGAGCUCGUUCGUCUGUACGAUCUUCUCAUACAGGUGGCUGCCUGAUCGAAAUGCCAUUUAUAUACUUUCUUCUUCAUAUAUUGUGUCUCACACUUUCUUCUCAAUGCUUCCCGUUUUGCACGAUUGAUAUGUCUGCAGAACACGUCCGAUCUUUCUGACUUGGUUAGCUCCGGAAGAGAUAGCAACCCUGAAGAAGUAGCCUUUUCCGAGGAGUGUACCCUGAAGGGUCUCACAUUUCGUGCCAAGAGGUCUCUCUCUCUCUCGCUCUCGCUGUCGCUCUUGAAUAAGUCAUAUGGAGAGCCGGGUUGGGCGUGAGCUUCAUUAUGGUCCAGCCCAGAGCCCAUUUUCCAGGAUUUCCUCCUGGUCUAACUAAGGUUUGAUCGAGAGAGAGAGAGAGAGAGAGAGAGAGGGUAGAGGGAGAAAGAGAGAUGGUGUGAUGGGUGAGCUUCAUAAUGGUCCGGCCAAGAGCCCAUUGUUCCAGGGUUUCCUCCUGAUCUAACUAAGGUUAACUCUUGGUCUUCUCCCUGCUUAACAUGAGCCUCGUCUUUCAAUGCCUUCAGGUGCUUUUAUCUGGCGAAAUCCUACAGCCUAGCUGGAAAAAGGGCAGAAGCCUAUGCUCUGUUCUGCCAUUCGCGCUCCCUCGCCGACACUGCGGUCAAGAGACUUCAGACCCCAAACAGUAAUGAUAAGGUAACCCAUAAGGCCCAGGACGAGCCCCCUUUUCAGCUCCUAUAUUCGUUCGGGAUCCACAUCGAUGAGUGCCACUCGUGAAGUCAUGGUCUAAAUGCAUCGCAUUUAUUUAUUUAUUUGUUUAUUAUUUACUAUCGAUGUGGUUUGAGGAUUUCUAUAUUAGUUAUGAUCCCCUAGAUAUCUCAUAUACAUAUGCAUUUGUUGUGUGCAGGUGUUGAUGGAGGACUUGAAGGCGUUGGUAGACGACUGCAGGGUGUGCAGCUGCAUAGAGCAUGCGACGGGGAUCAUGGAGGAAGAGAAGGCGCCCAAGGAUCUUUCUAAGGGAGUCUCCUCCAUCUCCUUGUCAAAACCUGCGAAGAAGGUCAACCCCCCCACUCCCUUUUCUCUUCUUCUCUUAAAGGGUGUUUAGUCUGACCUAGAGAGAGAGAGAGAGAGAGAGAGGCAUCUUUUGCGAGGCUGAUAGUGACCCAAAGGGUGAUAGUACUUCAACUAGCUGUGGGAACUCUCUCUCUCUCUCGCUGUGUCUAGAGAUUAGACCAGCUAUUCGUACUGAUGAUUGGAUGUGCAUGGUAAUCUUGCAGCAGCCGGAGAGAUUCCUCGUCGAGAAGCUCGACGUCUACGAGUCGGCGGUCGGGGAUCCCACCUCCAAGGUCGCUCCCUCGAUCGAGCAGUUCCCGCCGCCGUUCCAAGCCGUGCCCUGCAACCCCAUCGUGCAAGACAUCGCCUUCGGCUCCAUCGAGUUCCCUUCCCUGGAGAACCGGAUGAAGAAGAGCAAGAAGGGCAUCCUCAGCAGGCUGUGGGGUUGA